AUGAAUCAACAAGAGAAAGUAGCAAGGAAGAAACAAAAAAACGAAUAUUCGGAGCCUAAAUAUUUGCGUGAAAAACAAGUGGCCCAUUUGUUACAUGUGGGCCACCACACAAGAUUGCCUCUUUUUAAAACCCGCCUCCUCCUGCACACCAACCUUCACUUGGCCAUUCUCAGAUCUGCUUCUGAUAUUUUUCAACCUUCGAUUGCAUCUCAAAAUCUAGCUAUGGCUACUCCCUCCGCCUGGAAGCUCGAUGACCACCCCAAGCUCCCCAAGGGCAAAACCAUCGCCUUGAUCGUCUUAGAUGGCUGGGGUGAAUCUGCUCCUGAUGAGUACAACUGCAUCCACAACGCUCCCACUCCCGCCAUGGAUUCUCUUAAAAACGGCGCUCCCGAUACAUGGACGUUGAUCAAAGCUCAUGGUACUGCCGUUGGACUACCCAGCGAAGAUGAUAUGGGAAACAGUGAGGUUGGUCACAACGCUCUCGGUGCUGGUCGUAUUUACGCUCAAGGUGCUAAGCUUUGUGACAUCGCUCUUGCUUCCGGCAAAAUCUUUGACGGCGAAGGUUUCAAAUACGUUUCUGAAUCCUUCGAGAAAUCUACUCUGCACUUCGUUGGACUUCUCAGUGACGGUGGAGUCCACUCCCGCCUCGAUCAGCUCCUGUUGCUGAUUAAGGGAUCUGCUGAACGUGGCUCCAAGAGAAUCCGUGUUCAUAUUCUCACUGACGGUCUGGCGUAUGCUGAUCAAACCAGAGCUCAUGAGACCGUCAAGUUUGGGCAUGUCACAUUCUUCUGGAAUGGAAACCGAUCUGGAUAUUUCAACGAGAAACUGGAGCAGUACGUUGAGAUCCCAAGUGACAGUGGGAUAUCAUUCAAUGCCCAGCCAAAGAUGAAAGCUCUGGAAAUUGGUGAGAAGGCGAGGGACGCAAUCCUUAGUGGCAAGUUUGAUCAGGUGCGAGUUAACAUCCCAAAUGGAGAUAUGGUGGGUCAUACAGGUGACAUUGAAGCCACGGUUGUUGCUUGCGAGGCUGCUGAUCUUGCUGUGAAGAUGAUCUUUGAUGCGAUCGAACAAGUGAAGGGCAUUUACGUUGUGACUGCUGAUCACGGAAACGCAGAGGACAUGGUGAAGAGGGAUAAAUCUGGGAAGCCUGCUUUGGAUAAGGAAGGGAAGCUUCAGAUUCUAACCUCUCACACACUGAAGCCAGUGCCAAUUGCCAUUGGAGGUCCAGGAUUGUCCGAAGGAGUGAGAUUCCGUAAGGAUCUGGAGACGCCGGGACUUGCGAAUGUAGCUGCAACAGUGAUGAACCUCCACGGAUUUGUGGCUCCCUCUGACUACGAGCCCACCCUAAUUGAAGUUGUGGACAAGAAUUAA